AUGGCGGGGGCUAGGGUGCUACCACUUGUUACCACUCCCACCAUCGCCAACAUCAAGCUCCACCACGUACUGAUCGACGGAGGUGCCGAUCUCAACGUCAUCAGCUGUACAACAUUCAAGCAGCUGCAGAUCCCGAAGUCCAAGCUAGACCCAUCUCGCGCAUUCUCCGGAGUGGGCCCACAUCCCGUCUACCCGGUGGGGACCAUCUCCCUGCCGGUCACGUUCGGGACUGAGGAAAACUUCCGCACAGAGAACGUACAGUUCGAUGUUGCGGAGGUGAACCUCCCAUUCAAUGCCAUCAUUGGCAGGCUGGCUCUGUACCGGUUCAUGGCCGUUGCGCAUUAUGGGUAUCUGGUCCUCAAGAUGCCAUCCCCUGCAGUAAUCCUCACCGUGCAGGUCGACCAGACCGCUGCUGUAGUGGCAGUUGAGAAGCUACAUGCAUUGGCAACGGGCCUCAUCCCAGCUUCAAGACUAGAGAAGCGAAUUCCCUUCUAG